UGUUUGGGUAGCUCAAGGCCUUGCUGCCUGGAUGCUCCUCUCUCUUGGUGGCCAUCAUGUCUUUGACCUCUGCCUACCAGCAUAAAUUAGCAGAGAAGCUCACUAUCCUCAAUGACCGAGGCCAGGGGGUUCUCAUUCGAAUAUACAACAUCAAGAAGACUUGUUCAGACCCCAAAUCCAAGCCACCUUUCCUCCUGGAAAAGUCUAUGGAAUCAUGUCUCAAGUAUGUCAACAAGAAAUUUCCCAACAUAGAUGUCCGAAAUGGCACGCAACAUUUAGGACCAGUUCAUCGUGAAAAAGCUGAGAUAAUUAGAUUCCUCAUCAACUACUACCAGUCAUUUGUGGAUGUCAUGGAAUUUCGGGAUCAUGUAUAUGAACUUCUCAACACCAUUGAUGCCUGCCAGUGCCAUUUUGAUAUUAAUCUCAACUUUGACUUCACUCGGAGUUACCUGGACUUGAUUGUGACUUACACUUCAGUCAUUUUACUCCUGUCACGGAUUGAGGACCGCCGGAUGCUCAUUGGCCUAUACAACUGUGCCCAUGAAAUGCUACAUGGGCAUAGUGACCCCAGUUUUGCUCGCCUGGGCCAGAUGGUCUUGGAGUAUGACCACCCUCUGAAGAAGCUGACAGAGGAAUUUGGGCCUCACACAAAGGCUGUGAGUGGAGCUCUCCUGUCUUUGCAUUUCCUCUUUGUCCGAAGGAACCAAGGAGCCGAGCAGUGGCGCAGUGCCCAGCUUCUUAGUCUCAUCAGCAACCCCCCAGCCAUGAUUAACCCUGCUAACUCAGACACAAUGGCCUGUGAGUAUCUGUCUGUGGAAGUGAUGGAGCGCUGGAUCCUAAUUGGGUUUCUCCUUUGUCAUGGGUGCCUCAACUCUAAUAGCCAAUGCCAGAAGCUGUGGAAGCUGUGUCUGCAGGGCUCCCUCUACAUCACCCUCAUCCGGGAAGAUGUGCUCCAGGUGCACAAAGUCACCGAGGACCUGUUCAGCAGUCUGAAAGGGUAUGGCAAGCGAGUGGCAGACAUCAAGGAAAGCAAGGAACAUGCCAUUGCAAACAGUGGUCAAUUUCACAGUCAACGACGCGAGUUCCUGCGGAUGGCUGUGAAGGAACUGGAAGCCGUGUUGACGGAUGAGCCAGGACUUCUGGGUCCCAAGGCCCUAUUUGCUUUCAUGGCUUUGUCCUUCAUUCGCGACGAGGUCAACUGGCUGGUUCGUCAUACAGAAAAUGUCACCAAGACAAAGACACCUGAGGACUAUGCUGACUCGAGCAUUGCAGAGCUGCUCUUCCUCUUAGAGGAGAUUAGGGCUUUGGUCCGAAGACACAUCAAAGUGAUACAGCAAUACCAUCUUCAGUACUUGGCCAGAUUUGAUGCUCUUGUACUCAGUGAUGUCAUUCAGAACCUGUCUGUAUGUCCAGAGGAGGAGUCCGUCAUUAUGUCCUCAUUUGUCAGCACCCUCUCCUCUCUGAACCUCAACCAAGUUGAUAAAGGAGAGGAAUUUGAAUUCUCUGGAUUGAGGCUGGACUGGUUUCGUCUACAGGCCUAUACCAGUGUGGCGAAGGCUCCUCUCCACCUACAUGAGAACCCUGACUUAGCCAAGGUGAUGAACCUCAUUGUUUUUCACUCUCGAAUGCUGGACUCUGUAGAGAAAAUGCUGGUGGAAACCUCUGACCUAUCUACUUUCUGCUUUCAUCUCCGAACUUUUGAGAAGAUGUUUGCUAUGACCCUGGAGGAACCCACUAUGUUGCGAUUUGCCAUUGCUUUCCCUCUGACUUGUGCUCAUUUUGUCCACUGCACCCAUGAGAUGUGCCCAGAAGAGUACCCCCACCUGAAGAACCAUGGUCUUCAUCAUUGCAACACCUUCCUGGAAGAGCUGGCCAAGCAGACCAGCAACUGUGUGCUGGAGAUCUGUGCCGAGCAGCGGAACCUGAGCGAGCAACUCCUUCCUAAGCACUGUGCCACCACCAUCAGCAAAGCCAAGAACAAGAAGACCAUGAAGCAAAGGCAGGCUCCCAGGAAAGGAGAGCCUGAGAGGGACAAGCCAGGAGCCGAGAGUCACCGGAAAAACCGCAGCAUUGUCACCAAUAUGGACAAGCUCCACCUACAAUUGACAGAAUUGGCAAUGACAAUGAAUCAUGUCUACAGCUUCUCUGUGUUUGAACACACUAUCUUCCCAUCUGAAUAUCUCAGCAGCCACCUGGAGGCCCGGCUCAACAGAGCUAUUGUAUGGCUGGCUGGCUACAAUGCUACAACCCAGGAGAUACAAAGGCCUUCUGAGCUGUUGGCAGGAGUACAAGCAUACAUCAGUCUUAUUCAGUCCCUGGCGCAGUUUUUGGGCACAGAUGCUUCUAGAGUUGUGCGUCAUGCCCUCCUGCAGCAGACUCAGCCACUGGAUGCAUGUGGGGAGCAGACCAUCACCACUCUCUACACAAACUGGUACCUAGAAAGUCUCCUCCGCCAGGCAAGCAGUGGGACCAUCAUCCUUUCCCCAGCCAUGCAGGCCUUCAUCAGCCUCCCCAGAGAGGGGGAGCAGAGCUUCAGUGCAGAGGAGUUCUCAGACAUCUCUGAGAUGCGGGCAUUGGCUGAACUCCUCGGCCCUUAUGGCAUGAAGUUUCUGAGUGAAAAUCUGAUGUGGCAUGUGACCUCUCAGAUCGUGGAGUUGAAGAAGCUGGUGGUGGAAAACAUGGAUGUACUUGUUCAGAUCAGAUCCAACUUCAGCAAGCCAGAUAUGAUGGCGUCUCUGUUGCCCCAGCUGACAGGGGCUGAAAAUGUACUGAAGCGCAUGACCAUCAUUGGAGUGAUCCUCAGUUUUCGAGCCAUGGCCCAAGAAGGACUUCGAGAGGUUUUCUCCUCUCACUGCCCAUUUCUAAUGGGCCCCAUUGAGUGCCUGAAGGAGUUUGUCACUCCAGACACAGAUAUCAAGGUGGCCCUGAGUGUCUUUGAGCUGGCCUCUGCCGCUGGGGUGGGCUGUGACAUUGACCCAGCCCUGGUGGCUGCCAUUGCCAAUCUGAAAGCUGACAGCUCCUCUCCUGAAGAAGAGUAUAAAGUGGCCUGCCUGCUGUUGAUCUUUCUUGCUGUUUCCCUGCCACUCCUUGCUACUGACCCUUCUUCCUUCUACAGCAUUGAGAAGGAUGGUUAUAACAACAACAUCCACUGCUUGACCAAAGCUAUCAUCCAGGUGUCAGCUGCCCUCUUCACGCUGUAUAACAAGAACAUUGAAACUCACCUCAAGGAGUUUUUGGUGGUGGCCUCUGUCAGCCUUUUGCAGCUGGGCCAGGAGACUGACAAGCUUAAAACCAGAAAUCGGGAAUCCAUUUCUCUGCUCAUGCGCCUGGUGGUGGAGGAAUCAUCCUUCUUGACCCUCGACAUGCUGGAGUCCUGUUUUCCUUAUGUCCUGCUUCGAAAUGCCUAUAGGGAGGUAUCUCGGGCCUUCCACCUGAACCGGGCGAUGGCCGUUCCCCACUGAAGGGCCCACCUUGGACCUACCUAUCUAGACCUAUGCCUGAUGGAAUCUGUCAUCAUUUUUCUCAAAGGGGAUGGAUGGGCACAUGGAUAGAGAGAGAGAGAGAGAGAGAGAGAGAGAGAGAGAGAGUUUGGAAGCUACAGCUGAUGAACAAUUAUACAGAACAAUCCAGGGCUGAGAAAGGGCACAGAAGUAGGGGGGACAUGGAUGGGCCACAUGUUGAAUUUUUAACCAUGAAAAAAAUGAGUGACCUAUAAACAUA